UUCAUUAUUUAAGUGAUGCAUGACAGAAAAAUAUUGUACAUUAUUUUCUGUUUUAUAUUAAGAAAAUCGUUACAUCGUAAAAUGAAAUUUGUUACAGCGGAAACGGAUUUGAAGGUUCCCAUAAACAACGAAGCCUGGCUGAUUCGUUUCCUCAGGCCAUGCAAAUAUUACCCAGAGUCCGCGUUGAAUCUGGCGAAGAAUUAUUACAGCUUCAAGGUGAAGCAUAAGAAUGUGUACGAGAACUUGAAACCGAGUCGAGAGAAGAACAUCUUCGAGCAGAAUAUUUUAACAGUUCUACCUAAUCGAGAUCAGCACGGUAGAAGGAUAUUGAUCAUCGAGCUUGGAAAGAAAUGGAAGCACAACAAAUGUAACUUGGACGAAGUGUUCAAGGGCUGCGUUCUGUAUUUGGAAGCUGCGAUGCUCGAACCGAGCACGCAGAUCGCUGGUGCUAUCGUUAUCUUCGACAUGGACGGGCUCACUCUUCAACAAACCUGGCAGUUCACGCCACCGUUCGCUAAAAGGAUAGUAGACUGGCUGCAGGAUGCUGUGCCGUUGAGAAUCAAGAAUAUUCAUAUUAUUAACCAGCCGUACGUGUUCAACAUGGUGUUCGCAUUGUUCAAACCCUUCCUCAGGGAGAAGCUUAAGAGUAGGAUCAUUUUCCACGGCACGGACCGCAAAUCAUUGCACAAGCAUAUCUCGCCGAAAUGCUUGCCGUCUUGUUACGGAGGAACUCUUCAACUCACGCAAGUAACUGGCUCCCAGUGGUACGAGCUGUUAAUACUUUGUGACAAGGAAUACGAUGCUAUCAACUCAUACGGUUACAAUAAAUAAAUCGUCCAUUUCGCCUUCGAAGAAGGACAAGAAUAAUUAUUCAACU